AUGGCUGUCGGGUUGUUGAUAGACGUCAGUAGGAAAAUUUCUGCCGCUGAUAGGUUCUUGAGACGACAGCUUCAGCAUGCAUCUUGGGAUUUUCCACUUGGUUCUAAAUUGACGGGAAAAAAGAUUGGAAUUGUUGGUAUGGGAAGAAUUGGCUCAGAAGUAGCAAAGAGGCUUGAAGGAUUCAGUUGCAUGAUAUCAUACAACUCUAGGAACAAAAAACCAUCAAUUUCAUACCCUUUCUAUUCAAGUGUCUUAGAGCUUGCAACUAACACCAAUGUACUUAUUCUCUGUUGUGAACUAAACAACCAAACAAGACACAUUGUGAACAAAGAUGUCAUGUUGGCAUUGGGAAAAGAGGGAAUUAUAGUGAAUGUUGGAAGAGGUGCUCUCAUUGAUGAAAAUGAAUUGGUGAGGUGUUUGAUUGAAGGUGAGAUUGGAGGUGCUGGUUUGGAUGUGUUUGAGAAUGAACCUAAUGUUCCUAAAGAGUUCUUUUCUUUGGACAAUGUUGUUCUUUCACCGCAUGCAGCUGUUUUAACUUCAGAGUAUUUCAAUGGUAUCAGUCAAGUUGUGGAACAAAAUUUGAAAGCUUUCUUUUCAAAUAAGCCUCUGAUUACUCCAGUUAUAUAG